AGCCCACUGCUCACAGGCCAAAAGAAUACCGUAAAUUUUAAUACCGCGCUAUGACCCGUAAAAAAAAGUCAAAUAACAAUUAAAAAACAACGAGUGUACCGAGCCUAAAAAAUAAAUCUCUCUCCAAUGCUGAUGAUGGAGAACCAAAUAGGAACGAAUGAAUCUGUUAUAGAACCAGAACUUUACUACCUGAUUGCUAAAUUUCUUGAAGCUGGACCUCUCAGAGACACUGCCGAGGUCCUCAAGCGGGAAUUGGAGCGAGCCAAGAUAUUACCCCGGAGACUUGAUUGGGAAGGAAAUUCGCAUAAUCAGGGGUUUGCAGAGUUGGAGAGAAAAUAUCCUCACAUAAGUAGGGACCAUUUGCUCCAAGUAUGUGCACGAAUCGGACCAAUACUGGAAAAAGAAGUACCACCAUGUGUACCUGGUGCAGUAUCCCUUCUGGGUGCGGGACGCCAGUCAAUUCUCCGCACAAAAGAGGACCUCUUAAAUUACUACCGAGGAAUCACAGCGUACUCCAGUCGCUUAGGAGGUCAGCCUCUGCUGGAGCGGUCGGGCUCGCUUCUCACCCACAACAUAGUCCGAGCCCUUCACGGACGAGAGAACUCGGGCCCCCUGAGCCGACGUGAGGCAAUUCCCACAAAAUUUUACUCAAAACUGCAGCUCUACAGACACACACUGGGUCACUUGUCAGCAGUUUACUGUGUCCUUUACGACAAAACCGGCAAGUACGUGAUAACAGGCGCGGAUGAUCUGCUCGUAAAAGUCUGGAGUUCAAUGGACGGAAGACUUCUGGCGACAUUCAGAGGUGCAUCAGCAGAAAUAAUGGACAUAGCCGUGAAUUUUGAUAACUCUCUACUGGCAGCAGGGAGUCUUGACAAAGUUUUGAGAGUCUGGUGCUUCCAGACAAUGUCCCCAGUGGCAGUACUCUCUGGUCACUCUGGCAUGAUCACCUCUGUUAACUUUUGUCCCAUAAAAUGCAACGGUAUUUAUUACUUGGUGUCAACAAGUACCGAUGGAUCAGUGGCAUUUUGGUCGUAUACGAAGGAGAGACACGAGAGAGCAGUUUUUCAACCGAAACCAAUUCAAUAUCAUGAGAAAAUGCGACCUGGACAGGCCCAGAUGAUCUGCGCUUCUUUCAGUCCUGGUGGAGCCUUCAUGGCAGCUGGAUCAGCUGAUCAUCAUGUCAGAGUCUAUGCGAUGCUGGGUGAUGAAGGCCCGAGACGAGUUCUCGAGGUUGAAUCCCACUCAGACACCGUUGACAGCAUUCAGUGGGCUCACAUGGGUCUUAAAUUCAUCUCGGGAUCCAAGGAUGGUACUGCUAAUGUCUGGCACUUCGAGCAACAGCAGUGGCAGCACAAAAGACUUAUGAUGACAACACGGCUACCUAACGAGCCAGAAACCGAAGAGGAUUCCAAUAAAAAACCUAAAGUUACCAUGGUCAGUUGGGAUUCGAGUGACGAAUGGGUUAUAACAGCUGUUAGUGACUUUUCUCUGAAAGUUUGGAAUGCAAAAACAGGUGAAUUAGUUAAAGUUCUUCGUGCUCACAAGGACGAGGUAUUUGUUCUAGAAUCCCAUCCAAUAGAUCCAAAAAUAAUUCUCAGCGCUGGCCAUGAUGGGCAGCUAAUAAUCUGGGAUGUACUGAAUCCCGAGCCAAUAGCUGUUUUUCAGAAUUUCAUUGAAGGGCAGGGUAAUGGUGCGGUUUUCGAUGCUAAAUGGUCACCAGAUGGUACAAUGCUGGCAGCAACAGACUCUCAUGGGCAUCUAUUGAUGUACGGGUUUGGUAAUGUGAGUGAUAAAUUGAAAAAAAUACCCAAAGAGUUGUUCUUUCAUACUGAUUAUCGACCAUUGAUUCGUGACAACAAUAAUUACGUCCUGGAUGAGCAAACACAGACUGCUCCACACCUCAUGCCGCCGCCGUUUUUAGUGGAUGUCGAUGGCAAUCCUUAUCCUCCUGCUUUACAACGUUUGGUACCAGGUAGAGAGAAUUGUCGAGGCGAACAAUUGGUACCAAAUAUUGCUGUUGGAGCUGGUGGAAUGCAGGAGGUCAUCGAAGGUCUUCCUAAUCAACUACCUCGUUCUGAUAUUGAUAGGCUGAUCGAGGCACUUGCACAGAGGCAGAAUAUCAUUGGAGUGGAGAACGAUGAUGAGCACGAGCAUCACGGGGAGCAGGUGAGGCCAGUGGGGAUUUCUAGUCCCAGAGGUAGUCGUCCUGGGCUUCGACGUGAUGGUGAUGUCGAAGGGGUGAGACAGAGUAGUGGUAAUUGGCAGAGGGAUAAUACAACACCCUGGAACAAGCCCAUUCUAGCACAACCACUGAAUCCAGCGGUCAAGGUGACACAAAUGAAACAGCUUCAGGGGAUGGCUGAUUUGGAGCUCGAAAAUUGGAGAAGAGAGAUGAAGAGAAGACCCCCCAAUCCAGUUGAAAUCGAGGAGAGCUUGAAUAAUAGGACAAAUACCAGGAGGAAAAAUCGUGGGAUCAGACAUGGAUACAGAACCAGAGCUACUAGGGGGGAAAGGGAGGAUGAGUCUGAUGAGGAUAACGGUAACAGCAAUAGUUCAAUGACGAGUAAUAGCAACGAUUCCAGUGCCGACGAGGCUGAUCUUUGUUCAGAUACCUCUUCAGAUACCAGUAGUGUUUACUCAGACUGGAUAGCUGAUCAUGGAGUCAAUCUGGAGCCCCCUAAAAGGAGUAAAAGAAAACCUGUUCAGAAAAAACGAUCUCCAACACCACCAACAGACUCAGAAGUGCGGCGGUCUCAACGUCCAAGAAAAAAAGUCAUUCAUCUUCCUAAUGGGGUAUCAGAGGUUCCAGAAGCUUACAGACCUUCUGAAUGGCUGACUGAAGUCAUCCCCAGGAAGGCACCUUAUUAUCCUCAAAUGGGAGAUGAAAUAGUGUAUUUUAGACAGGGCCAUAGUCUUUACCUCGACGCUGUUAGAAAUAAGAAGGUUUAUGAACUGGGACCAAGGUGCGAGCCCUGGACCAAGGUGAACCUUAGACCUCAGGAGUUCGUUAAGGUCGUGGGGAUUAAAUACGAGAUUCGUCCUCCCAGGCUGUGCUGUCUUAAACUCGCUCUGAUUGAUGAGGCCGGGAGAUUAACUGGGGAAAAUUUUACUAUUAAAUAUCACGAUAUGGCAGAUGUCCUUGAUUUUUUGGUGCUGAGGCAGACGUUUGAGAAUGCACUUCAGAGAAGUUGGUCGGAGGGAGAUAGAUUCAGGUGUAUGAUUGAUGAUGGCUGGUGGAUGGGACAAAUUGAAUCCCUGGAGCCUUCUGAUGACGACUUUCCAGAGUCGUAUUUCAUGUGCUUUAGGGUAAGGUGGGACAAUGGGGAGUUCGAGAGAAUGAGUCCUUGGGACUUGGAACCUAUUGAUGAGGAGAGACUGCCAACUGAAAUUGGAGGGGCCGUUCCAGUGUUACCUGAAGAGAUUCAGGCGACUCUGUACCAGCCUCAGGCGGAAGAGUGGCCGAUGGGUGACAGGGAGGCAACGUGUAGGAGAAUUGCCAGGGGAAUUGAUCAGGUUAUGACUCUGGCUAUAGCUGAGCAUUUUAUAACUCCUGUGGACCUUAAUAUCUAUCCUACUUAUGCGUUUUUUGUCGAGUAUCCGAUUGAUCUUAGUACGAUCAAGGCGAGAUUGGAAAACCAUUUCUAUAGGAGGAUAACUUCUGCUCAAUUUGAUGUGAGAUAUUUAGCGACCAAUGCUGAACAAUUUAAUGAGCCUCACAGUCAGAUUGUCAAAGCUGCUAGAAUCGUGACUGAUUUGUGUUUGAGAAUUAUUAAAGAGACGACGGAAAUUGAUGUACCCGCUGUCUACCAUCAACUUGCCGACACCUAUCGUUCUUCAGACUCUGAGUGCGAUGUCGAGGAUCACAAUAUGCCUUCCACCAGCAGACAGAGGACCAGAUCCAGUAGGAACUUAAGAUCUCAACAGGAAGUCUGUGUUGAUUGGAAGGUAGCUUGCAGACAAUUGCUGGAUGCACUUUGGCAGUGCGAGGAUUCCAUUCCUUUUCGGGAGCCUGUGGAUACCAUGGAGCACCCUGAUUAUCAUCAGAUCAUUGAUACUCCUAUGGACUUGAGGACUGUUAAAGAGGAUUUGCUUGGGGGAAAUUACGAGACUCCUCAGGAAUUCGCCAAGGACAUGAGGUUGAUUUUUACGAAUAGUAAAAAUUACAAUACCAAUAAACGAUCGAGGAUUUAUGCUAUGACGUUGAGAUUAUCGAAUUUAUUCGACGCCCAAAUGAAGAAAAUUGUCAACAACUGGAAAUCAGCUAAAAGACGGAGUGAGAAUACUAGACCGAAAAGUAAGGCAGCAACUCAACAGAGAGCGGUAAAAACUAGAUUAACAAAUGGCGCGGGCCCUUCAAAGGCGAAUCAGGGCAGUAGUGACGAUGAUGAGGAUGAUGUCAAUAAUGUCAAUGAUGAAGAUUCUGAUGACGAUGAGGAGGAAGAGGAGGAGGAGGAGGAGGAAGAGGUGAAACUGCCGGUGUCACCGAAGAAGAGGGCGCAGAAUUUUGAUGAUGCAGGCCCCUCGAGAAUAACCAACGGCCACGCAAAAGUACCAUCGACGUCUCGCCCAACGCGUCGUAACACCCGAAACACCCCGAAGAAAUCCCCAGCAAGUGACAGUGAAGUAUCGGAAUCCGAGGCAUCCCUAGAGAGCGAAUCUAGUGAUAGUGCGCCAGCGCGUCGAAAAAGAACUCGUAAACAAACGACAAGUGACGAUGACGUGGGGAGUGACUCAGGUGACAGUUACAAACCAAGUGGUCGUGGCAAACAGUCUCUUAGAAAUCGUGCUAAAAAUAGUAAAAAUCCACGAACAGUGAAUCGACCAAAACCCAAGUAUGUCCCCCAGGACGAUGACGAAGAGGACGAGGAUGAGGAGGAAGAAGAGGAUGAAGAGCAGAUCCUGGAGCCUGAAAACUCCGACGAUGAGGAGAGUGAGGAGGAGGUAAUCCAGAGGAAUUCAACGCGAUCGCGUAAACUACCCCCAACCCAGCAGAGAGUGCCUCGAUCAGUGUCUGAUGAGGAUGAAAGUGAUGAAGAAUCAUCAGAGAGCACUGGCUAUGGUACCCGAAGGCAAAAUACCCUGAAUACACCUCAAGACUCUAACAGCAAUGACUCAGAACAAAUCAACAGUCGUCUGAGAAAUCACAGGCCACAGAAGAAAAAUCAUACUGGUGCCAGUGAUGAUUCUGAACCUAAUGAGGUAAUUUCACACACAAGAAGAACAGUGAAGCGACCUCGAUACAAUGAGGAAAGUGAUGACAGUGGUACAGCGCCUGUUAGAAAUAGACGUAAAAUUAAAAGACGUUAUUAUAAUGAGGAGAGUGAUGAGAGCACACCAGAGCCUGGUGUUAGUAUAAGCAGUAGGGGACGCGUGCGGAAAUUAACACCUAGGGCACGUGCUUUUCUACUUGAAUCACCUUAACGGCCUUUUAUUUAAGUAAUUACGUUACCUGCAUGAUACGUGGCCAAAGUCCUAAAUCAAGUAAUUGUCACAAAAUUUCUUCAUCCUUCGUUAUUAUUUUUAUUUACAUUGAGAUUUUCUUUUUUUUUUAUUCAAUGAUUCGUCUCUGUUGAAUGGUAAUUAAUUUUUUGAUGGGGAUUGUACUUGAAAAUUCCGGUGAUUUCGUUUGUUCAUUCAAUUAUUUAAUUUGCUAUUCAACGCAUUGGUAACUGUAAUUUCAGUUAUCAUUACGCGAUUAAUUAUAUGAUUUUGUUCUGUGGGAUUAAUUUCUGGAUGAAUGUUGGUGACUUUCAAUUCAUCACUGCCAAUUGUGGGGGAACUCUUGGUUAAACGAAAAUUCAACGAUUAUUAAUGUACCUGGGACUACUUAAUGACAUAAAUAAUGUUUCAUUUCUCAUUGAAUGCUUUUUGUUUCAUCUCGGUAUAAUGAGUUCACCUUUUGCGGCAACGUAUGAGGAAAACAAAUGGAGGACAUUAUCACUGAUUAAUCGAUUGACACUGCACACAUGUACUGUAAAUACUACUGAGAAUGUUAAUCAGCAGUAUACGCUAAGUACAAUUGUUAGCACAGGAUGUAAUCAUUGAUGAAAUUUAUCAAUACCGGCGUCUAGAUAUUUAUUUGCAAAGUUGAUGAUAAAUACCUCAUUUUCAUAAUUAGAAAUAUGUAGUUUGUUUUUGAAAUUCCGUCGUUACUUAUGUAUGCAACGGUUUUUCGAUUGAGUUAAAAAUAAGGUGACGCCUUUGCUACCAAUCAAUAGUUCUCAACAUAUAUUUCCAUCAAUUUUCGUUCCAUUCUGUCUCGAUAAAAAAAAUUGGAAAUCAUCCUGUUGAAUUUUCGAUUUUUUAUUGAUAUUAAACGUCGACACAUAUUACUUCUAAUUUACGUAAUAAUGUAAUUUGAGUGAAGAGCAACGUCUGUCCACUGUUAUUUGAAGUCUUGACUGUCUCAAGCCCUUGUGAUAUUAGACAUAAGAUUACGAUGGUUAGGAGGUAAUGGUUAAAUUAUUGAGUCAACUCCUCAAUGGAUAUUUUUUAUAAUACAAAUGAGACAAAACAUAAUAUUAAGUGGGUUCAAUGUUGGGAAGGGUCGCCAGGGGUAGAGCAUAAAAAAAUGUCCGAUCACACGUAGUAUCGUGAUUUCAGUGGAAUAGUUAAUCUUUCUUUCCUGUGUGAUUACUGAUUAUUCGUUUAGAUGUACUGAAUUAAGGAGAUAGAAUACUGGAUCGUUGAUUGAAUAAAAUACGAAGGGACAUAGUGUAUUGUGGCGUUAUUGUAAUGUAGAAUUAAUAUCAAUAUUUCAAUAAUAUCAAUAAAUAUCCAAUGGUAACGUUU